AUGUAUUGCAUAAGAAAGCACUUUUUACUUGAUAAAAGCUAUUUUAUAUACAUUAACCAAGACAGCAUAGAUAUCGGGGAAGUAAUAUUUUGGUUAAUAGUUAAGUCUAAUUAAAAAAUCAAGUAUGCGAUCCCAAUGAAUUUACAAACUAUAAUCGAUUGGAAAGUAAACAGAGAAAAUCAAAAAUUGGAAGCAUUUGCAGUGCGUUGGAAGGGAAAAUGGAAGUUCUUUUAUGCUGAUUAGAAUGUAUUACUAAGAGUUAAGGAACAUAUGGAUAGAAAAGUGGCGUAUAAAAGCAUGGAUUCUUUCUUUACUAUUACGGAAAAAAUAGAAGCCACCCAAUAAAGUUCUAUUCUAUUAGUAUAGAGAAAUGAGAAUGAAUAAAUUUUUGUUUGUAAGGAGAUGAAGAAACUGAAAAAAUAUUCCUAAUUAUUAUUUCAAAAUGAAGUUGAAGCACUGAAAUAAUUGUCUCAUAAAAAUUUGGUAAAGCUUAUUGAAGUCUAUGAAUCUGAAGAAUAAUAUUCGAUAGUGAUGGAAUAUCUAAAAGGUGGUUCAUUAAAUCAGUGUCUUAAGUAUUGUAAAUUGAAGAAUCGUGAGGUAGACGUCAUAAUACAAUAAAUUAUGGAGGGAAUUAAUUACAUUCACUAAAGUGGAUUUGUACAUAGAGAUAUGAAACCAGAUAAUAUAGUAUUUAAUGAUUUGGGUUAAUUUUCACAAUUAAAAAUAAUUGACUUUGGAAUUACAAAAAGGAUAGAGGAUUUGGAAAAAGAAAAGGAUAUGAAAUUUGGAACUCCUGGAUACAUGGCACCUGAAAUUUUUGAUUACAAAUAAAAAAUAACCGAAAAAGUAGAUAUUUUUGCUUGUGGUGUUAUGCUCUACUAAAUGUUGACUGGGUAAAAAUUAAUACCUGGAAGUAGUUCAAAAUUAAUAUAGGAAAAUAACAAGAACUUUAACUUAAGCAAUUAAAUAUUGUCCAAAAUAAAACAUCCUGACUUUAGAAUUCUUGUUUCAUAAAUGUUAGAAAAAGAUCCAGAAAAAAGAAUUAGUGCACUUCAAACUUUAAAUUAUUUAAAUUUGAUGAAAAUCCCUUCAGUGGCAGUAUCGACAUCAAUUUAGAUCCUCCAUCAUCAUGAACCUGUCUAAUAAUUGCCUAAUUUCAAAAAAUUGAUUGAUAAAUAAUGA